AUGUGGGCUUCUACGAAACUCCUGUGUCUGUACGCUUUCAGUGCAGCUGGUGAUGCAGAUACCUAUACGGGCCACUCGUUGCAAAUCUACAAGCAAGUGCGAUAUCCUUGGUAUAUUAAAGAACACCCCUACUGCUGUAACGAAUCGAUUCCACAUUACCAAAAUUAUACUUGGGAUUCCUAUUUCGACUACCUCAUUAGCUCUGGUGCUAACUUACAGCUGGGUGGAUAUAAGAUCAGAGAAACAAGCAAAAUCGGGGUGGACUUCUACGGCCCUUGGAGCAGAACUGGCUUCAAAGCUCUGAGGGAACGAGCGGAUGCGGCCGGCAAAGUGAUAAUCGCAGAGUUGGAUACGUUUCUCAAAGGAACCUUCGACAAGGCUUCUUUCAUAAAGAGUGUCAAAGAGUUCAGAAAGGAUUAUCCUGUUGACGGUUUCAAUGUGGGCUUUAGACAUUCCGAUCCCAGUAGAUACCAAGUUGGGAAGGAACUUGUCGCGGCUAUUAAAGAGCUCAACCUACGGGUGUCGUUAGGGUUGACAAAGGAUGAUUAUCAUGCGCAGGAAUUCAAACAAACCGGCAUAGGGAAGAUGGUUGAUAGUGUCGCUGUUUUUGCCACUCCACGUGACACGGAUGAGUCCAUAGAAAACUUCAAUACGGGCCGUUUCGCCGAGGAUAUGAUCAAAGAUGUCGUCGAAGCUGGUGUAGAUCGCAAUAAGCAGAUUUUAUUC